UCUUCGUCGGGAAAAUAUCUUUGGCGGCUCUAGCGACAUACGACGUACCUCGCAUGACCAACUUCCAGCUAUUGCCUGUCUUACAAAACGAUAUUCAUCUCGCUCUACCGCCACAUUCCCGGUGGCAGACGAGUGCAGUCACAUAAUUCAAGAUGUUUUGGCGAUUCGGCGGAUACGCCAACAUCUCCACAAUUGAUACAAUUCUCGACAAGCCCGAUGUUACACUCGAAGAGCUGUUGGAUGAGAGCGACCUGAUACAAGAGCUCAAGCAACAUAACACCAAACUCAUUGAGUAUUUGAGGGAAGACAAGAUCCUAGAGAGACUCCUAGAAUACGUUGUAGCGCCCAAAUUAGAGGUCGUUGCUUCGGAGGAGGAAGCUACCGAGGAACAAGCUAAAGAAACAGAAGGGAAAGGAAAGGAACGUUUCUCAGCGACCUGGCCGCCUCCAGAAGACGAAGAUGAGAAGGAAAAGAAACGAAAUCGUUAUGCCUACGUCUCUGCUGAGGUAUUGUCUUCUGACAACUGGUCAAUAUGCGAAUCCUUGAUGGAAAACCAAACUCUUCUACGGAAAUUCUGGGAAUUCCUCAAGUUGCCUCCACCUCUUGAUCCUCUACAAGCCAGUUAUUUUACUAAGGUCAACGAAGCCCUACUCGACAAGAAAACCGAGGAGAUGCUCGAGUUCUUCAAGUCAAUUGAUGGAGCGGUCAAGAAUAUGCUCCAACAUGUUGAUUCACCUAUGGUUAUGGAUUUGCUUUUGAAGAUCAUAAGUUUGGAGAAGGCAGAGGGUGGACAAGGCAUAGUUGACUGGCUGCAUUCUCAGGACCUAAUGCCAAUCUUGCUAUCAUUCCUCUCUUCCGAACACUCUUGGGCUACACAAACUUCUGCCGGAGAUUUCUUAAAGGCUAUUAUUACCAUAUCUGCGAAUGCAUCCCAGAACGAGCAGUCCUGUAUCGGUCCGAAUGAGUUGACCAGACAAUUGGUGUCCCAGCCGUGCAUUGAGAAGCUCAUAUCAGAUAUGCUUAAAGGAGGUAAUCCUUUGACGGUUGGCGUUGGAAUUGUGAUUGAGGUCAUCCGCAAGAACAACUCCGAUUACGACCCAGACGUUGGGGCAGAAGCGAAUUCUGUUCCUUCCUCCCGAGAUCCAAUUUACCUUGGCACACUUCUUCGCAUGUUCGCCCAACGAGUUCCAGACUUUAUGGAGUUGAUUCUGAGUCCAAACCAUACAAUUGGAGGUGGCGACGGACCUGUCACCAUUCGGAGAAAGGAACUCAGCGCAGCAUUCGGUGGGAAGAUCGAACCAUUAGGAUUUGAUAGAUUUAAGACUUGCGAAUUGAUGGCUGAGCUCCUACACUGCAGCAACAUGGGUCUCUUGAACGAGGUUGGGAGUGAAGAAUUCGUCAAAUCAAGAGAUAUGGAACGCGAGAGACUGAAGGCGGAAGGCAAAUUGGGUGUUGCGGCAAACCCCUCCAAUCAUUCCAGUGGUGAAGAUCUCACCAUGAAAUCUUCGACUCAAACUCGCCUAGGAUCUCCUGAAGGAACUCGAAAACUUGAAGUCCAGAAUGCUUCCGACGACGAUGGUUUCGAAGAAGUCAAUCACUCAACUGAGGACGACAGCAAGGACGACUUCGACGAGAGAUUCGACGUGAAACAUGAGGGCGAGGAUAAUAAUUUGACUCCCACUCCUGCGCCACUGUCCUUCAUGGACAAAGAUGACGAAGAGUUUGUGGACGAGCCAUUAAGUUCACCACGAUUAAAACUCGAAGAGAUGGACCAUACACAUCAAAUGGAGGAGCCAGAUAUGACUGUGUUACCACUGUCGCCUACCAAGGAGCUGUCUCAGCAAGUCGGAUCUCUCGAUCUUCAACAAGAAGACACUCCCAUGACCUCCCCACCUCCGUCAGUUGAAAGCGUAGAUGUCGAAGAUAGCGAGCCUUCUUCAGGUGAGUCGAACAAGCCUUCACCAGAGACGUCAGAAGAAUCGGCCGACAGCCCUCCAAAAGAAGAACACGCCGAGUCGCAUGAUCCUAUUGCAACAGAUGAAACUCCAAUGCCGGAUCCAUUAGAUGUUGCCCGACCAGAAGAUGUUCCUGCACCACUGUUUGCAAAAAAGAGUGAGCCAGAGCAACAGGAAGUACCACCACCGGUGCCAGAAGUGGGCGCCAGCCUCGAGAGCCUUGACACGACAAUGGGCGAAGCCGGCGAUAGUUCUCAACUGAUCGCUAUGGCCAAUACGGAUGAGCACAACCAAGCUGCUGAAGAAAGCCGGAUCACUCCUGUUGUUGGAGACUUCCUCAAGAUGCAAUUCGUGGAGCACAAAGUUGUUCCAACUAUCUUGGAUUUCUUUUUCCGUUUCCCAUGGAAUAACUUUCUACAUAAUGUGGUAUACGAUGUUGUUCAGCAGGUCUUCAAUGGCCCGAUGGAUCGAGGAUUUAAUCGAUCACUCGCAAUUGAUCUUUUCGAGACUGGCGAUAUCACUAUGCGCAUUGUUGAUGGCCAGAGAAAGAGCGAUGAAGCUCAAGAAAAGAACCGGAUGAGGCUGGGAUAUAUGGGUCACCUGACCCUCAUCGCCGAGGAGGUCGUAAAAUUCACGGAGCGACAUCCACCCGAGCUUCUGUCGGAUUCUGUCUUGGAGAAGGUGAUGAACGGCGAAUGGAUCACGUACGUUGAGGUAACUCUGGCUGAAACAAGAGAGCGAGACAAUGCCAUCCUUGGAGGUGUGAGACCAGACAUGUCUGUUGGCCCUCGUCAAGCUGUCAUGAACGCAGUGAACGCAGCCAACAAUUUCGGCGGUUCGUCCGCCUUAGCAGAAGCUGGACUGAAUGGAGCAGCCGGACUCGACACCAUUGAUCUGGCGAAUGGAAAUGGCACAUCGGCAUUUACUCUUAGCAGCGGCACCCUUCUCAGUGGUUUCGGCAGCUCGAGCGACGAAGAGGAUGACGAAAUGGACGAAGAUAAUGAUGAAGAAGGUGGAAGGAAUAAUAGUGGCGCGGCUGAAGUGGGUCAUUCUGUUCCUCCAGCCCCCAAUCUUGACAAGUUCGACGAAGAAGAAGUCGAUUACGAAUAUUUGGAGCAACUCGAUCGCGAGACCCCCUUGUUUCCUGAGGGAGGAGUCCGGGACGAAUGAACUCUAUUUCAUUUUCUUGUACAUUAUUUUGCAUCACUACCGGCGUUUUCUUUGGGUCUCUGACAGCCGAUCUUGUCAACAUUGGGAGAUGAGUUCUUAAAUCUAGAUUUAUGAACAUGUCUCUCACUUGCGAUUGAUUGCCGAGAAUGAUUGAUGACUGCUCCACUGAGCGGACUUCGUGCCAGGUGUGACAGGAGGAUUAUAAAAUACUGACGAAUUGUUUUUCUCUAGUUCUCGAGAUACAUAUCGACGCCAUCAACAACUACAGCAACGAGUUCCGAUCUUGACCCUCCUUCAG